UGCUUUGCUGGCUUCCACUUCGAGCAGUAUCCACGUUUGACUCGACCAAUGACGCACGCAUCCUUCCAAGGAGCCAAAAAACAAAUGAAGCGACCAUGACGUACUGCACAUGGAGGACAUACGGUAUGAAUCGCCAUCGUUAGUGCUAAUGGAGGUUGACGAUUCGAGGCAUAUUGAAUUCAAUCAACUGCUUCUUGCUAUCUGGUAUCGCUACAUAUACUUGUGACUAGCUAGGCGAAGUGUUGUUUUGACCACAAAGAUGACGAAAACCUGUGGAUCGUUCAGAUACUCUGCUUGCCUGUUUUUGCUUUGGCAGUGUUUGUUUCAGCAUGCGGCUCUGGCCUUUAUGACUCCUGGUAUUUCUCCCUCUCCAUCCGGACAGGACAAAGCGCUGUUCAUGAUCAAGUUUCCAAAAGCCUUCGAGUCAUUUUUGCCAUCUCCUCCAACUCAGCCUCAAAGCAAUGAAGUGAAGGACAAGCGCGAGGAGCUCAAGGCGACCUUAUUGGAUGCUUGCAAGAACUCGAACUCAAACAAACAAGAACAGCGAGCUGAAAUCGAAACCGUAAUUGAACAGCUCAAAGAGCUUUGUCCCACGUCACCUGCCACAGCAGCAAGCCCACUGCUUCAAAAAAAGUGGGCCCUGGUUUGGACCACGGAGAAGGAGAUCAAUUUCUUCUUGGAUGUCGGCUUUAGCAACGAAAUAGGACAAACCAUUGCGGGAGAGGCUCUUGACAACAACAUUGAAUUUAUUCGAGGAGGCGGCUUUUACGUUUCUGGCAAAUUGUCCAUUCCCGAUUCCGAAGGGCCCAGAACAGACUUUGAAUUCGAAACGGCAAAAUUGGAUUUGGGGAAGUGGGGCAAAUUCCAAUUUCCUCCCGUUGGAGCAGGUUGGUUCGAUACAGUUUACUUGGACGAUACGCUACGAGUCGAUUUGAACAGUCGAGAUGACAUAUUAAUCUGCACGCCUUAUUAGAUCAAUGUGUGCUGAUAACACAAGCACCAUCGAUACCAGUUCCUCGGAAUGGAAAAGUGCUUUGGCAAAGCAAUUCUGAGCGCUUCCAAAACGCUCAGUCUCGCCAAUUCAUUUGACCGAACUUGUAGACUUGGCUUUGUGGUUUGCACUGUUCAACCAGGAUUUGUGUAAUUUGUCACAGUGUUGUUCGCAAAGUCGUUCCAUGACGACAUAGUGACCAGUCUCAGGCUAAAGGGGCCUUUGUGUAAACAAAAGUUGGACAUCCUCGACUGCUUUCUUGCGUCCAGGUCAUGUCAAUGUACUCGGUGCGAUGCUGAAAUCCAAUUGUCUUACUAGCAAGCUUUGGGGAAGUUUCAAACUUCCUCAAUGUAGCCAGACAUUUCAAGUUCGGAGCAUUCUCUUCCAAUUUGGCAGCAAUGUGAUGCAUUAGAGCAUCUGGGAAACAUAAAGAAGCCAUAUAGAUGUGUGUG